AAAUCGCCAGGUAUAGACACAGAAAACUAUGGUAAAAUACAUAGAAAACAAUGUGAAACAGUGCAGGGAUUUGACCAGAAAUCUACCUCAAAAUGUCAGUAUUUCUGUAUUUCGGACCUAACGCUACUCUUCCUGUAAUUUACUGUUACCUACAAACAUGUGGAACCCGAGUCAUGCUUGUCUGAACGCUGUUAAACCCAGCUCUCCAGCCAUCUCUUUAAAAGCAACACAAACAUCUGUAAAACAUUUGUUCUCUCUCAGAUAAGAUUUCCUCAUUCAACUGUUUGCCUUCACGCCGAGCUUGUAAAACACAACAGUCUGUGUCUGGCUCAGAGCUGUGAGGAGUUUUUUGUGGAGCUGCAGCAAAACAGUUUCUCUACGGUGGAAUUUAAGUGUUUCUUCAGAUACGAUGGACGUCAGAGGGGUUUGCUUGAUGUUUUGCCUCCUGCUGUUGGCACAUUGUUCGCAGGAGCAGACGUCCUCCAAGAAAAGAAACGGCAAGAAAGACUCUGCGACUAACGCUGCAAUUGAAGAGCUGAAGAAACAGAUUAAUGACAUUUUUCAGGAGCUGAAUUUGUUGAAAGAGCAACAAGCGUUACAGACAGUUUGUCUGAAGGGCACAAAGAUCCUCCGCAAGUGUUUCCUGGCUGAUCCGGUGAAGAAGAACUUCCACGCAGCCAGCGACGACUGCAUCGCCAAAGGAGGCAGCCUGAGCACCCCUCUGACGGGGGACGAGAACGACCAGCUCUACAGCUACGUCCGCCAGAGCAUCGGCCCAGAUGAGCACAUCUGGCUGGGCAUCAACGACAUGGUGACCGACGGCCAGUGGGUGGACCAGUCGGGCUCCAACGUUCGCUUCAAGAACUGGGAGACGGAGAUCACCCUGCAGCCGGACGGGGGGCGCAGCCAGAACUGUGCCAUCCUCUCCACCACGGCCAACGGGAAGUGGUUCGAUGAGAACUGCAGGGCUGAGAAGGCCUCCGUGUGCGAGUUCAACAUCGUCUGAGAGCUUUUAAGUCUAUAACAGCUUUAGGAACAUUAAGCGCCGCUUGCUGCAAAAAGAAUGAAGAUGCUAUCAGGUACAUUCAUGCAGUGCACUGAAAAAUAAUGUGCUGCAUCUUUCCUCAGCUCUCACUUUCUUGGCAAGGUCGUUCAGAUGUCAGUCCAGAGCAAAGAGAUUUCACACAGUGGUCAGGGAUGCAGGAUGCCAUUGUAUAAGCUAAACUCACUGGAACUUGAUAUUGUACAUGGAGUUAAGGCCCAAAAUUAUUCAUACGCAUGCAAAGUUUUAAUUUAUAGUGAAUUUUAAUUCAACCAAUAGGUUUCUUGUGGCUAAAAAUGACAAAAAAACGUGACAAAAACACAGUAUUAGAGAUGUUAAUGAUGAAUUUUAAUUGUUUCUAUGUUGUUUUUCACAUUUUUACUGAACAUUCCUUCUGUUUUAUACCAUCAUAAAUGUUCAUGAUAACAUUUACCGAGUUCUAGAGUGUUUUAACACACUCUAAACUGAGAACAGCUGGUUUAGUAGCUCUUUAGCCAGGUAAUGGUCAAUUGGAAGUCAUGACUAAAACUAAAGAGCUUAGUGAACUUGUUUACUACAUAAAAGAUAAAGUCAUGUCCAAGGGAAUACAGCAUAUGAAUAAUUUAGGACAUGUAAAAUUGGAAAAGGUUGUUUCUAUAAAAAGGAAGUAGUUUCAGUUCAUUAACAUCACUAACACAGUGUCCUAUUGUCUUCUGUCACUUGUUUAUGCCAUUUCCAGCCAAAGGAAAUCUAUUGGUGGCAUAAAAAAAUCACUUACUGUACAAUCAAUAAACCUGUGUUCUCCAUCACAUUCAGCAUAUUUUACAGCAUCUUAAAUAUUCAUCAAACUAAACACUAGAUGGUUUGUCUGUGUUUUGUUUUUGCCUGUAGAACAAUUAUCAUGUGUGCCUUUUUAAAUGUCAAGUUAUGCUGCUUACAUUUCAUUCUAUGGUGAUUAUAAUAAACAUGUAUCUCCUCA